GUAAAAAAAUAUUUAUAACAGACACGCAAUCUUUCAAAUUGUCCUCUCAAGAGUGGAAAGGAAAUUCGACGGGAGGGAGAGAUGGAUUUGCUUCCGUCGGAGACAUCAAAGAUCGCUAAUAAACACCGUUUUCGGUCACUGAAACUGGUUAACGUUGACCUUGACCAAGUUCUAGAUGACCAGCCCUUCGGCGCUGACUAUGGUCGCCUCGAUAAUGGCCUUUUUUACUAUGUUCGCCGGAAUUCCAAGCCUCGAAUGCGUGCCGCUCUAGCUCUCGCUGUCAAGGCUGGCUCAGUUUUGGAAGAGGAAGAUGAGCGAGGAGUAGCUCACAUAGUAGAGCAUCUCGCUUUUAGCGCUACUAAAAAAUACACGAAUCACGAUAUUGUUAAGUUUCUUGAGAGUAUUGGAGCAGAGUUCGGCGCUUGUCAAAAUGCGGUCACAUCUGCUGAUGAGACUGUGUAUGAGCUGUUUGUGCCUGUUGACAAGCCGGAAUUGCUAUCUCAAGCCAUUUCUGUCUUGGCUGAGUUCAGUACUGAGGUUAGGGUAUCGAAAGAUGAUUUGGAGAAAGAAAGAGGGGCUGUUAUGGAAGAGUAUAGAGGCAAUAGGAAUGCUAGCGGAAGAAUGCAGGAUGCCCAUUGGAUUCUGAUGAUGCAAGGUUCAAAGUAUGCUGAUCGCUUGCCAAUUGGAUUAGAGAAGGUGAUUCGGACUGUUUCUGCCGAGACUGUAAAGCAAUUUUACAGGAAAUGGUACCAUCUGCAUAACAUGGCAGUAAUUGCUGUUGGAGAUUUUUCUGAUACCAAGAGUGUAGUUGAGUUGAUAAAGAUGCAUUUUGGUGCGAAAUAUUCAGAACCUGAACCUCCACAAAUACCAAUCUUUCAAGUUCCAUCUCAUGAGGAAUCACGUUAUUCGUGUUUUGUUGAAUCUGAAGCUGCUGGCUCUGCAGUGAUGAUUAGCUAUAAGAUGCCAGCAGAUGAGCUGAAAACAGUGAGAGACUACAAGGAUAUGCUUGUAGAGUCCAUGUUUCUCUAUGCUCUAAACCAGAGAUUCUUUAAAUUGUCUCGUAGAAAAGAUCCACCCUAUUUCUCAUGCUCUGCUGCAGCAGAUGCUCUAGUUCGUCCAUUGAAGGCUUGCAUAAUGACUUCAUCCUGUAAAGAGAAAGGGACUCUAGAGGCACUAGAAUCAAUGCUCCUAGAGGUCGCAAGAGUACGGUUACAUGGUUUUUCAGAUCGUGAAAUAUCUAUUGUUCGUUCUUUACUAAUGGCAGAGAUCGAGUCUGCCUAUCUGGAACGUGAUCAAACGCAAUCGACCAGCUUGCGAGAUGAAUUUUUACAGCAUUUUCUCCGGAAUGAACCUGUUGUUGGGAUUGAGUAUGAAGCUCAACUUCAAAAAACAAUUCUACCUCAGAUAUCGGCACUAGAGGUAUCCCAGUAUUCAGAGAAGUUGCGAACAUCAUGUAGCUGUGUCAUAAAGACAAUCGAACCCCGAGCUUCUGCAACGGUUGAUGAUCUGAAAAAGGUUUUAUUGAAAAUAAAUAUUCUUGAGGGAGAAAGAAGCAUUCCUCCUUGGGAUGAAGAAAAAAUUCCAGAGGAAAUUGUUGCUACAAUGCCAAAUCCAGGGAGUAUCCUACGUCAGCUUGAAUAUUCAAAUAUUGGAGCUACAGAAUUAAUCCUAUCAAAUGGCAUGCGAGUUUGCUAUAAGUGUACAGACUUCCUUGAUGAUCAGGUUCUUUUUACAGGGUUCUCAUACGGUGGGCUAUCUGAAAUCCCAGAAAGCGAUUAUUUCUCAUGCUCAAUGGGAUCAACCAUUGCUGGAGAAAUUGGCAUAUUUGGCUAUAGACCAUCAGUUCUGAUGGAUAUGCUUGCUGGUAAGAGAGUUGAAGUUGGUACAAAACUAGGAGCAUACAUGAGAACUUUUUCAGGAGAUUGUUCACCCUCAGAUUUGGAAACAGCUUUGCAGCUUGUCUAUCAACUAUUCAUAACAAAUGUGAUACCUGGAGAAGAAGAUGUCAAUAUUGUGAUGCAAAUGGCAGAGGAAGCAGUUCGUGCUCAAGAGAGGGAUCCUUAUACUGCUUUUGCAGACAGAGUCAAGGAGCUCAACUAUGGGAACUCCUAUUUUUUUAGGCCAAUUAGGAUAAGUGAUCUACGGAAAGUUGAUCCACUAAAAGCUUGCGAAUAUUUUAACAGCUGUUUUAGGGAUCCAUCGACUUUUACUGUCGUGAUUGUUGGGAAUCUUGAUCCUACUAUUGCGCUUCCUCUCAUGUUGCAGUAUUUGGGUGGAAUACCAGAACCUCCUGAACCUAUUCUCCACUUCAACCGGGAUGAUCUCACAGGCUUACCGUUCACAUUUCCUACACGCAUAAUUAGUGGUCCGAAGCCCAAUGGUGGAGGCUCAAUGUUCAGUUCAGCUAAGCUUUCCUGUGGUGCUGAAGAAUGGGACAAUGAUCUGAUAGCCGAGAUCCCUUUCUUCUAUUGGACAAAAAUAAAUUGGCAGGUAGAAGAGAUACACUGCAUUGGCUUCCUGAGCAAACUUCUUGAAACGAAAAUCAUGCAAGUGCUACGUUUCAAGCAUGGGCAGAUAUACUCUGCUGGUGUCUCAGUAUUCCUUGGUGGUAAUAGACCUUCUAGAACUGGUGAUAUACGUGGUGACAUCAGCAUAAUUUUUUCUUGUGAUCCUAGAAUCUCCUCAAAGCUGGCUGAUCUUGCAUUGGAUGAAAUAUUACGGCUCCAGGAAGAAGGGCCUUCAGAUGAAGAUGUUUUGACUGUUCUUGAACUUGAGCAAAGGGCACAUGAAACCGGAUUACAGGAGAACUUCUACUGGCUGGAAAGGAUUUUACGUAGUUACCAGUCAAGGAUCUAUAAUGGUGAUUUGAGCAAUGCUUUUGAGAUUCAAGAUGAAGGACGUUCUAAUGUUAGGCAAUCUCUAACAACAUCAACAGUGCAAUUGACACUGCAAAGGAUACUGCCGUAUCCUUGCAAAAAACAGUAUACUUCAGUCAUUCUAAUGCCUCAGACGUCUCGCUUCCAGUUGCUGACGUCAUUCUUCCAAUCUACUCAGACCAGUUAUGCUAGAGACGCCAAGAUUAUAGCAAGCGUUGCUGGUCUAACUGUUCUGGCUCUGAGUUUCUGGAGAUACUCAAGAAGUGCCCUGAGAUCCUAGGAAGCUUUUUCUUUGCAGAGUUUCAUAUACUUAGGACGAACAAGGUUUUCAACAGGAAUUUAGAGUUUGUUUACUAAAAAUUUGAUUACAUACAUUAGCUAAAGGAAAAAUGAGCAUCGUCACUGGUUUAGGGGAAGCAACUUAGAUAAUAUAAAUGAGCCUAGUACAAUUCUUGUAUGGUGUAACAAUAGUUUAAGUUCAAUUUUUUGUUUUUUUGUACGGUGUAAUAUUAUUAUUUAAUGCUAAAGAUAAGGGAUAUUUUUACUAUGGACUUUCUUUUUCA